GAGUUGUGUUGUUUGUUCUUUUUUUUUUAGUCACCAUGGUACAUUGGUUCUAGGCGCGGAGGGGUUUGGAAAGCUAACGGGUCUUGAAGGCAAAAUGGCCUCGAAGGACAGCACGUUCACAGAAAACAUGAAAAAUGAGCGCCAAACCAACAACGACUCCACUGCAAGGCGGCUGAUUCGCUUGUACCGCGCCAACCAGUGUCUGUGGAAUCGCAAGUCACCGGGAUACCACUGCACGACCCUAAAGCAGAGCGCCUGGAACCGCAUCACGCGUAUUCUGAACAACGGUCUCACGCCGGAUCAGGUGAAGCUGCAGGUGCUCUCCCUGCGCACCUACUACGACAUGGAACGCCAGGCAAUCAAGCGUAGCCAGCGGGAGGGAUUCCACUAUGUGCCCUGUCGCUCGAUUUUCAAUGACCUCCAGUUCCUAGCCGACCAGGAACCGUGCGAGGCAGAGCAGUCCAAGUCCAGACCAAGCGUCCGCGACGACCAAGUGCAGUGCAUUAUUGAUGAUGUUACGGAAAUGAUGAACAAGGACUGCGCGGAAUGCAGGCACAGCCUACACGUUGAUUUCCACAUACCCAUCGGCGAGAGAACAUCCGCUUCUUCUAACAUGAGCUUCGAGGACGAAGAGUUAGACAACUCGUCCUUGUAUGACUCGGACCUCGAGACGCUGCCAACUACACUGCCACGUGCCACUUCCGGAGCUGAUCGUUAUCACCACCAGCAAGAUGAAGAGGAGUCCAGCGACUACUCGUACCACCAUCAAUCAAGACAACAGCCCCUUCAAGGGCGAGGCGCUCGGGAAGCAGCAUCCCAUAGAUAUUCGAGACCCACAGAAAACUACAACCACAGUUGCCAUUACGGGCACAGGAGCCAACGCACCACUUAUGUGUCUGAGAGAGGCAGAGCACCGGGGCAGCAACUGCAAGUGCAAGCACUUAGACCCAGAUCCGGCAUGGAGGCCGGCAGCAACUAUGACUCUCAACGCUCCAAAAACAACGAGGAGGCGUGCAAUGUUCUCUUGCUCAAGUUUAAUCCACGAAAUGCCAAAAACAACAAAGUCAUCUGUGUCAAUCGUCCUGCCAACUACAGGGAACCAACUACAGGCAACACCAGCGAACAGGAACUGCAAUCAGCUGAAACUCCUGUGUACGAGGACAACGAGUACAGAGCUCUGCCAGCGGACGAGCACGCAGAAUGCAGAUAUAACCCAGAUGCUCAAUGCACUCAGAACCUACCGCAGAAUGAGCAGGAGGAAUGCUUUUAUUAUCCGGAAGGAGCAGACCCAUACGAAUAUCUCGAAUGCUACUGUCCGCCACAUCAGUAUAUGGCAGCUGCAAAUCAGUUGUAUCUCCCGGAAGACGAUGCCAACGAUGAGCUGCCAGACCGGCGACGUCCUCAGUCGCAGUUUUAUGAAUGCGGAAACACUGCUCCAGAUGCCUACAGAUCUCGUCAGUGUGCCCGCCCGAUGGAAGAUUUUAAUCCUAAUCGCUUCGAGCGCACGCCGCAAACACACCCGCAAUAUAUGCCAGGCUGCUGCUCAAAAGAUACCACCACCAUGACCGUUCCGAAUGUGGAAAGUUAUGACUCCCGCAACUCGGGGCCAGAUUCUUAUAUGGCCCAACAGUGCGCUGCAGUUGCUGAGCAAAUUAUGAAGGACUAUCAUAUCCGCCACUUCAAGUGCGCGCAUCAAAAGUAUCCGAAUGAUGAUCGAGAUUAUUGCGACGAGCCUGUGGCCAGGCGACCCCAAAGACAUUACCAAACCGAAGAUGGGGAGUAUGUAGAGUGUCCGGGCCGAAGGCGACAGCAACGCAGAAAAGAAGUGGAGCGCGAGGCUUCACCUGCAAGGCACAGGGCGAGUACUUCCUCAAAGGUGCCGAAGGCGAGAGAGUACAAAUUUCCGCAGCAAAAUUUCUUGGCUAGUUUAAAAUCAGAUUACAGCGACCAGGGCGAGAGGACUCCCAAUCAACACUCUGAAAAAUACAGACAAGACAGGUACAAGUACGAUGACCGAGAAUGUGUUAAAGAUUGCCCUAGAAUCACAGGGACUAAGGAUUGUAGAGGCGAUAAGUUUCCAUCAACCUGUUUGUCAGCGCUUAAUGAUUACAACAGUGAAGAGGAUGGCCAGGAUAAGUACUACCAAAAACCGAGUCCAGCAUCAUCGCCGUACGAAGAUUACGAAGCGGAUGACGAGCAAAGUCCAACACAGUUUACCCAACUGAGAUCGAGUCGGCGAGAGGAACCUGCGCGGAGUCCGCCACAAAUUCCAAGAAGACACGGUCCGCAGCCUUCUCAUAGAUAUGAGGAAUGCAAUGAUGACCGAGUUGUAAUGCAAGUGGAGCCAAGACAAGCUCCGAGGAGAACCUCAGACAGAGGCCAGUACAGUGAGCCUUUAGCCUCGCCGCAGCAGCGCAGGCGAUCUAACGAAGCCAAAGAUCUGCAGACUUAUCCCGAAGAGCGCCGCCCUCCGUCGCAACGCAAACAGCAACAAGGCCCCAGCAACAGUGAUGUUGAAUAUAUCGAGUGUCCGAAACGUGGGCUCAGGCCACGCUCAGAUAAUGCAGAACAUGAGGAUCCACGUAACAUGGAGGCCACCGACGAGCCAUCCAUGGGCAAUAGAUCCCCGCCGAACAGCCCAAGCGACAGUCAGUUGCUAUCAAAACAGAAUUCAGAACAAAUGUAUAUAAGCCAGGAAGAGUUAAGGGACGAAGACGAUGAUGAGUGCCGCUGCGAGUUCGAGCCGGCAGUUCCAGAGAGUACCUCACCCAGAAGGAGUAUGCAAAACGAUCGUCCUGAUAUGCAGAUGGGUCCAGACAUUUCGCAAGAAGAAAACCUAAUCAGCAGUCGGAAUGAGCACGUUGUUGCAGAGAUUGACGCAACAAAAACAAAUAGCCGAGACGAUAGCCAGACAGAGUCAACUGCUCCACUAAUCGCCUCAUCCAAGAAAAAGAGAAGUCACGAUUUUCUAGGGAUUCCGUCUUCAAAAAGAAACAGCCGAAAUUACCAAGAAAAGGAGCCAAGUCCAAUGCAGACUCCAGAGCGGGGAUUGCAUCAGCAAGAAGACUCUGUGGAGAAUCCAACACACUCCCAAGAAUUUGAGGAAUUGACCUCUUGCAAUGAUGAAACGUGUCCAUAUGCAAACCUAAAUGUUCCAGAGACUAUUUCAUCCAUGGAAAAUUAUCAGUCGGACAGCCAGCUCAAACCAACACCGACUUCAAAUCAAAACUAUAGUUGCCCAGAAAAUCCAAUGGAUAUACUCGAAAUUGCUGAAUGCGCCUGUGAGGAAGAGCCCACUGUUGCAGAGAGUACCGCUGCUGAAAGAAGUGGACAAAAGGAUCGCCAGGAAGAGCCAACAGCUCCAGAGAUUGCCUCAUCGAAGAGAGACAGUCGUCAGGAUGAAGACAGUGUUCCAGAGAUUGUUUCAUCGAAGAGAAAUAGCCGAAACGAUCGCCGAGAAAAGCCAACUGCUCCAUCAUCGAAGAGAGCCAGUCGGAACAGUCGUCGCAAUGAGCCAAUUCUCGAUGAUGCUGAUGAAUGUCGCUGUGAGGUUGAGUUGAAUGUUCCAGGGAGUACCUCACCUAAAAGAAGAAGGCGAAACGACCGUCUUGAUGGCCGCAUGGUUCUAGAAAAUGCACCAGAAAAGCGAAUCAGCCGUCAGGAAGGGCCUAGGGCUCCAGAGAUUUCCGCAUCCCCGAGAAGUCUUACUCACAGCCAGGAAGAGCCAAUAGCUAAAAACAAAAAAUCAAAGCACACUUCUAAAAAAGUGAGUCGCAGCCAUGAAAAGCCAAUAGAUCCAAUCGAAAUUGAUGAAUGCCCCUGCGACGAUGAGCGGGAGACACCCACACGCAAGAGGAACAGUGGGGCUAAAAAGCAUGCGAACGAACAGGACAGUGAAUCCGAGUACGAGGAUGCUGUUAAUUGUGAACUUAAUCCCGAUGAAUGUUCAAAGAAGGCUAAUGGAGGGAACUCUGCAAUGGAUACGAAAUCACCCAAGGAAGCUUCGAGAACAGAAAGUGAGAAACGUGAGCACAGUGAUUUAGAGAGUGGGGAAAAGUCCCCCAUUGGGAAAAACAUUCAAAACGAACCUGGGAAGAGUAAAAGUACUGAAGACAUUGUUGAAGAGAAGGUAAAAGGGAGGAACAAGCGAAAGGAAACGCAACAGACUGAGGAGCCAACAAACGAGACUGAGCCUAAAAACCGCAAGCCUGCAACUAAGGAUAUUUCCAUGGAGUCGAGUGAUGAAACUCAACCUAAGACUCAACGUGGGCGGAGUAACACUGCGGAGGGUGAGCUGUCCGCCCAGAAGAAGCCGCGCACGCAGCAAAACGCCAGAGCAUUGACACUGCCGGCGGGAGGAAAGUCUCCGCGGAGCCACUCCGCUGCAGAUCGGUCAGGUGCGGUGCCAAAGUCGAGGCUCAGAGCUAACUCCAACCCGGAAGAAGCGGCCAAGAAGGCCAUUCCGGCGAGAAGUAGCAACAGUCCGUGCGGCAGGCCCAAUUGCCCAAUCAGCGGUAAGAGAUCCAUGAAACACGCCGACUCUGAUGGUGGCCACAGUAGACCCUUUGACUUACGCUUGGCUUCAUACUACAUUUGCCAAUUACAGGAUGAAGAUGAGGCGAAUCAGUAUCUGAUUAUCGUGCCCGAAGCAAAGCUUCGUAAGAUAAGUCCACACAGAGACUGCCCAAGGCAAGAGCCUGCGAAGAAGAAGCCCUGCACCCCGCGGCAGUGCUCCGGCUUCGAGACUUUGUCCUGGGCUAGUUCCAAGCCCACACCACAAUCGUAUCCAAGGAACACGGAGGGUGUCUCCGCUCUUGCCUCCUAUCUAGUGCCACCAGUCGCCACCGAGACCACCUUGAGCAUUCUCAAGCAGCACAUGCCCAAGUCGAUUGGGGAGCGCAAAACACCAAAAGAAUUGAUUCAGAAGAGCCCGAAAAGCAACAGCAGCAAGAAAUCGGAAAAGCCACCUCCUAAGAUCCUACGUAAGCCGAAAACCAAGCCGAUGACAUCAAUGGCCACUACCCAAACACUCAGUCAUCGUCCAAUCCAUGAGACAAACUCUAUCUUGGCGGAGAAUCGCACCGUGCUGCUCACCAAUAAUCCGGACCCAAAGUCCAAUCAAGAGGUAAUCGUUCUGCACCCGCCCGUCGCGGGCUUUGCACCCUCCAAUAGCUCUCUUGGCCUGGAUGAUGUGCAGAUGCGGUACGUCAAAGUUCAGCACAGCCAGCCGCAUGUCAGCUAGAAGCUGAUCGGAAACAGUAACUCCCAGAGUUUGCAUUCCAUGGCAUAAACACCUUUGCCAUUGCUGUUAUUUCUUCACACAUAGUUCUCUGCCACAGCCAAUGUACCAGAGUAUCCAGAAUAGUAAAGAACAGCAACCAACCG